AUGGAUAAUGACACAUCUGAGUUUCUUCUUUGGGAAUUCUCAGAAAUUUGGGAGCUACGGGUUAUGCACAUAGCUUUACUACUGAUAUUGUAUUUAAUGACAUUAUCAGGGAACCUUCUUAUCAUCUCUGCUGUUGUUUGUGACUAUCACCUUCACACCCCCAUGUACUUCUUUCUGUUGAAUUUAGCCAUGCAGGAUAUUGGUUCCAUUUCAGUCAUUAUCCCCAAAGCUGUUUUUAAUUCUCUCAUGAAUAUUAGGACAAUAUCUCAUGGUGGAUGUGUUUCCCAAGUCAUGUUCUUCAUGUUUUUCUUGAGCUGUGAUGUAUACCUUCUAACUGUGAUGGCAUAUGAUCGGUAUAUUGCCAUUUGUAACCCUUUACAAUAUGAAAUGACAAUGAAUAGGAAAGCUUGUAUGAAAAUGAUUGGUGGUGUAUGGUUUGCCAGCUUUCUCAAUUCUUCAUUACAUACUAUUUCCACUUUUAUUACUCCAUUCUGUUCUAAUAUUAUUCAUCAGUUUUACUGUGAAAUCCCUUAUUUACUUAAGCUUGCCUGUCCUGGUGCGUAUGCAUCUGAAACUGGAGCUUUAAUCUUCAGUACUACAUUAACACUAAUUUGUUUUACUUUUGUCCUUCUGACUUAUGUACGUGUCUUCUCAGCUGUUCUGAGAAUUCCUUCAGUUAAUGGAAGGAAGAAGGCCUUCUCCACUUGUCUGCCGCAUCUUCUUGUCUUCUCCCUAUUUGUGUUUACAGCUUUCUUUGCUUAUUUAUCAGACAUAUCUGUCAAUUCAUUCUACCUUGGCUACAUAAUUACAAUCCUGUAUUCCAUUAUUCCACCCAUGACUAAUCCAUUGAUUUACAGCAUGAGAAACAAGGACAUCAAACUUGCUCUUUCAAGACUUCUUAGUCAGAGAUUAUAUAAUUUUUUAAAAAUAUGA